GGGCUCAGGGCGCGCGCGCGGGAGGACGCCACAGCUGCCUCCCGGACCUCGCCUCGGCCCAGCGCGGGGCCUCGCGCGCCCAUGGCCGGCUCCGAGCAGCAGCGGCCACGGCGGCGGGACGACCGAGACUCGGACGCGGCAGCCGCGCCCCUGCAGGACGCGGAGCUGGCCCUGGCGGGCAUCAACAUGCUGCUCAACAACGGUUUUCGGGAGUCGGACCAGCUUUUCAAACAAUACAGAAAUCAUAGCCCUUUAAUGAGUUUUGGAGCCAGCUUUGUCAGUUUCUUGAAUGCCAUGAUGACAUUUGAAGAAGAAAAAAUGCAGUUGGCAUGUGAUGACUUAAAAACUACGGAGAAGCUGUGUGAAAGUGAGGAGGCUGGGGUCAUUGAAACGAUCAAAAAUAAGAUUAAGAAGAAUGUUGAUGCUCGGAAAUCUGCCCCCUCUAUGGUUGACCGACUGCAGAGGCAGAUAAUCAUAGCUGACUGUCAAGUUUACCUAGCUGUGCUGUCGUUUGUGAAACAAGAAUUGUCAGCAUACAUAAAAGGUGGGUGGAUUCUUAGGAAGGCCUGGAAGAUUUACAAUAAGUGCUAUGUGGACAUCAACACCCUUCAGGAACUGUAUCAGAAGACGUUAACUGAAGAGCCCUUGACUUCUGACGCUGCAAAUGAUAAUCACAUUGCGGCUGAAGGGGUGACUGAGGAGUCCCUAAACAGACUGAAAGGUGCUGUUAGCUUUGGAUAUGGCCUUUUUCACCUUUGCAUAUCCAUGGUACCCCCAAACCUGCUCAAAAUCAUCAACCUGCUGGGGUUUCCUGGAGACCGCCUACAGGGGCUUUCUUCACUGACGUAUGCGAGCGAAAGUAAGGACAUGAAGGCCCCUUUAGCUACGUUAGCUCUACUCUGGUAUCAUACCGUUGUCCGCCCGUUUUUUGCCUUGGAUGGCAGUGAUAACAAAGCAGGGCUUGAUGAAGCUAAGGAAAUUCUUCUCAAGAAAGAGGCUGCUUAUCCAAAUUCUUCCCUCUUUAUGUUUUUCAAGGGACGGAUCCAGCGACUAGAGUGUCAAAUCAACAGUGCCUUGACUUCCUUCCACACGGCUCUGGAGCUUGCGGUGGAUCAGAGAGAGAUUCAGCAUGUCUGUCUGUAUGAGAUCGGUUGGUGCAGCAUGAUUGAGCUCAACUUCAAGGAUGCAUUUGAUUCCUUCGAGAGGCUGAAAAAUGAAUCCAGGUGGUCGCAGUGCUACUAUGCGUAUUUGACAGCAGUUUGUCAGGGAGCCACUGGCGAUGUGGAGGGAGCACAGAUUGUCUUUAAAGAAGUUCAGAAACUCUUUAAAAGGAAGAACAAUCAGAUUGAACAGUUUUCAGUGAAAAAGGCAGAGCGGUUUCGGAAACAAGUGCCAACAAAAGUGCUGUGUGUACUGGCAUCCAUCGAGGUGCUGUACCUGUGGAAAGCCCUUCCCAACUGCUCCCUCCCCAACCUGCAGAGGAUGAGUCAAGCUUGCCAUGGAGUGGAUGAUUCAUCUGUUGCUGGCUUAAAGUAUCUGCUUCUUGGUGCCAUACACAAAUGUCUAGGAAACUCAGAAGAUGCUCUUCAGUUCUUUCAGCGAGCGGCUAAAGAUGAGUUAUGUCGUCAGAAUAACUUGUAUGUUCAGCCAUAUGCUUGCUAUGAACUUGGUUGUCUUCUACUAGACAAACCAGAGACUGUAGGAAGAGGAAGAACUCUAUUGCUUCAAGCCAAGGAGGAUUUCUCUGGCUAUGACUUUGAGAACAGAUUGCAUGUCCGCAUCCACGCCGCCCUGGCCUCCCUGAGGGAACUGGUUCCCCAGUGACAGGCCCUGCCCAGGCCGCGCUGUCUCCCCCCAACCAGGGUUCACACCUUCAAAUAAAAGCUGAGGACCAACCUGUUGUGAGGAUCGGCUUUUCUUCUGACAAGCCGCCUGUGCAGAGACAUAUUCUUCCGGUGACACCAACACAUUGACAAUCUCCUCUUUUCAGCUGGUGAUGUGUGGUGGUGGUGGUGGUGGUGAUGAUGAUGAUGAUGAUGAUGAUGAUGAUGAUGAUGAUGAUAAUGAACCACCACUGGGUGGGGGGGAGAGGUUAAGUGGCCUUGUUUAUUUUGGUUUGGUGACUUAUUAUUUUUAAAAUAAAGUCAAAGUCCCUAUUAAUCCUGGAGUCCUCGCAGGAACACAUACCUGAAGCACAGAUUGAAUGGCAGACCUGAUGCUGUAACCUGUAAAAGGUGACCGGUAUACCGUGACAGAACGUUUAUAUUGUGUUUUGAAAAACAAUAAUAAUAAUAAUAAUAAUAAAAGUGCUUUCUAUUGUUUUA